AUGGGCAGCUACGACUUCGACCCAUUUGAGGAUGUGCCAGACCGCCAUAAGACUCCGGGCCAGGGCUGGGCGGCCAAGUUUAAUUCAGCUGCUCCGCGCACUAUGGACUUGAGUCUUCGGCACGUACUCAUGCCCAGUGUAUCCGAGGUGGUUUGUGUCCGAUUCUCACCAGACGGCGGCCUCGUGGCCGUUGGAAUCGACUGCGGGGUUCAAAUCUUCAGAACAGACACUCGUCAGAUGUUUUGUGAGAUGAAGCACGGCCUGAUUCAAUGGGGACAGCCCGAUUUGGUUCGUGCAUUGUGCUUUCUAGCGGUCGGCAACAUCUUGGCUGCGGCUGGUGACGACGGAAAGGUCAGAUUGUGGGACGUCAACAGUCGCAGUGUCAUCCAGACGUUUCUCGGGCACGAGGCCACAGUCACUUGCCUGCAACUGUCCAAGGACGGCAGGUUUAUUGUAUCGGGCUCUGAAGACAGGACCGUGCGUUGUUGGGACACAAACUCGGGUCAGGAGGUAGCAAAAUGCGUCCUGGCCCAUGGCGUCCUGUCGCUUUCUGUUUCUCCCGUUGCAAACAUUCUCGCCGUGGGGACUUUGCACGGCGCUGUGGUGCUGGAAGGGACUACCUUUGAGGUUGUUGAAACAAUCGGAGAGGACGGGGCCCAUGACAAUGCGGUUCACUCUGUCGCGUUUUCUCCUCAUGGCAGCCGACUUGCCACGGCCAGUUUGGACAAGACGGUGGGCGUCUGGGACAUGCCAUCCACUGGCGGCAGCAAGCCUGGUUUUCUCCGUGCCAUGGAGGGCCACAAGGAUACGGUCCUGUCCGUUUGUUGGGCAGAGAACGGACGCUGGGUCAUAUCUGGUUCUAAAGACGGAAGUUUCUUGAUCUCGGACUCGGAAUCUGGACAAACUCAGGCGACGGUAUAUGGACAUAGCAACAUUGUAUUGUCAGUCACCUCCAUGCCGGCGCAGCGUCUUUUCGCCACGGCCGGUUCUGAUCUUGGACGGGUUAUGCUCUGGUCUUACACGAUCCGGGCUGAGCCUGACGUGGCUCCCACAGCUGACGAUGCCGCGUCUGCGCCUCGACCCAAUUUGAAGCGCCCAGGAUCCGGCUUGCCGUUGCAGUACUUGCCGCCGUCGAAAAAACACUUUCCCAUCUUCAUGGGAGACGGUGAAAGCGACUGGUCCGCCGCCACUUUGCUCAUUCGCGAAGUCUGCAUGCUCAAAAUGCUUGAUCAACUCACCGAUAAACCCGAAUGGUGGCUCAAAGUCCAUGAUGCCGAGAUUACAUCUAGAUGGAAGACCGAGGCUUUGGGAAUGGACUGGACGGCCUAUCGCGAGUACGGCGACUUCACCACUGCCAUGGCGGACGCGUGCAUUGUCGAGAUGAAGAAGAAAGCUGCGUUGUACGAAAAGACAGGCCUAGUUCCCGUAUUGGAUUAUUCGGCCUGUGUUGUCAAGUCCGAUACUGUCGCCGCAGACUUGUUCGGUAAGCUCAGGGAUGCUGUGAGGCCGUUGGAAAAUGUUCCCGAAGACCAGAAAGACUGGCACCCCGGCAGCGACGGCAAAGUGCUUGAUCUCGUCCAUCCAUCCCUUUGGCCUUUGGUGUACGCCCGCACGCGCAUCCUGACCGACAAAACCUGCAAUGUUCAGGAUUGCAUGGACGCCUGCGGACAAGGGACUGUCCUAUCCAAGCCAACCAGGGCUGAGCUGGUUAUGACACCGCGCUGGCCAUAUGGACAAGAUGGCCUAUCCGUUACAUCGUUAUCCCUUAACUUUCAGUGGCUGCCAUGCGACGUGGAGAUUGACGAAGACGGCCAUGCUUCGAUCGACAGCUACAUCAACAAUCUGAAUCCCGCUGAGCAUGCCGAACUGUACAGCAUCAUCGGCGGAUUCAUUCAACAAUCUCUUCCGGCAUGGGAUGUCAUUUACCGCUGGCCAGAGGAAUACAGCUUUCAACGAUUGACAGCAAGAAAAGUUGGUCCGAACUGUACGACACCCGACGUAUGCCGAGCCCAUUACGAAUGCCUCCCGGGGAACAGGCCUGUCGAUGAGCGCGAGUUGGAUCAGGAGGACGACGAGUUUGGCCCUUACUCCUCAGACUCCGAAAGCAGUUCUGUCCGCAACCAAUUGGACAAUGAGUGGUUCGACAGAACUCACCCGGUCAUCUUGCCAGAUGCUCAGCCCGAAGAAGGCCUGAGUCCUGAUCGGUUCUUCCAUCUGGGGCCGGGAGAUGUCAGGUCAUCAAACUUCUUCAACGGAGAAUCUCGCAUCCAAGUCAUUGUCAAGCUCGCCAACAUUCAUUUGACGCCCGAAAAGCCCACCUAUGAGGGCGGAUCGUGGCACAUCGAGGGGCAGCUCAACGAGCACAUUUGCGGCACCGCUCUCUUCUACUACGACAAUGAAAACAUUACGGAAUCUCGGCUCGCAUUUCGGACAAAGUCGAACCGCGAGGAGCUUGACACCGGCUUGGACUACGGGCAAUCCGACUACAGGUCCAUCGCCCGCACCUUCGCGAUAGAUCCCAGACCGGGACACGACAGCACCGUGCAGGACAUCGGAUCGGUGCUCACACGGCAAGGCCGCGCCGUCUUCUUCCCCAACCUCUACCAGCAUCAGGUGCGGCCGUUUUCCCUGGCCGACCCGUCGCGCCCCGGCCAUCGGAAAAUACUGGCUCUGUUCUUGGUAGAUCCGGCAAUUCCCGUCAUUUCCACAGCACAAGUACCGCCCCAACAGCCUCACUGGAGGGCUGGUCAAGCAGCCGAAGCGGCCUCGUCUUCAGGUGCCGCGGCAACCGAUGUCAUAGACUGGGCAGAGGCUGUGCGAAUCCGGGGAGAACUCAUGAACGAGCGGUCUGCCCUGCAGACACAAACGACCGAGAGAUACGAGCAAGCUACGUUCAAUUUCUGCGAGCACUAG